CAAGUCCUGACUCAGGAAGCAGAUGACAGUUUAGUAACAUACAAUAAUUCCCAGGCUUAGUUACCGUUAGGAGCCUUAACGAAAGUGUGAAGCUAGCUGUCACAAAAGACGGAGUAUUAUCAACACUGCACAUAUGCAGAGACUUGUUUCGAGAGAGGAGUAACAAUUAACAAAAGGGGUUAUUUUCUUAAUUUGCAUUUAGCUCGUGAAGAUGUUGGCCGAAACAGAUUUCUUCAGCUGCUCUUUACUAGCUGAUAAUGAUAUUCUUCCCUUUUCCUCUCAUCUCAUAAGCAAUGUUGAAAGAGACGUCACUUACAGUUGUGGAUCGUGUGGAUAUGAGUUGAACCUCAACUCUUGCAAUCGGAAUACUACAGUCAUUGGAUCAAAGUAUGGGAAAACAAUGAGGAGAGGGGUACUCUCAUUUUUAUGCAUUGAUGAGAGCAGAUUUACUCAGAUAAGUAAAGUUAGAUGCAUACCUUAUUUUAGGUCCAAAAACUCGUGGGGUUUCUUUAAACAACAUACUAAACUUUUGUGUCGCAAUUGUAGUAGUUACAUUGGUAUUGCUCAUAUAGAAAAUAAUAAUACAAGUGCUGCCUCUCUUGCCAGGAAAAAUAUUAAUGUGAAGUCAGAUGCAACACCUAAUUGGGAUGGGCUCUCAGCUUGUAAAACUAAUUAUGACAUCAAGAUAUGUGCGUUAAGGCCAUCUGUUGCUUUUCUUUGACAGAGUCACUCUGCUGCUCAAGUUUCAAAAGAUGGACACCUCUUGUUCUUCCUUCUACUAUAUGAUGAUUCUUAUUCAUUGUUUGUUGUAGCUCUCAAAAUGUAACUAAGAGUGUUGGAAAUUGCUUUACUAAAAAUGUUUCUCUAAGUGUUCGGUGUAUACGUCAAGUGCGGGUAUGGUUUUGUGGUCGUUGAUUUUUGUAAUUAUAA